AUGCCCAGUUCUCCACCCUCGUCCUCUACCAGACGAAAAUCUGCCAGUCGUGGAUCGAGUAACAAACAUCGUCAUUCGCCCUCAAGCAGCCGCCAUCGUUCUUCCUCGACCGGUAGGAGUAACAGCCCUGAUCUAACUUCCCCGCAUCGAUCCAGGCGCAGUGGAUCAACCAGGAAUCCUCCUCCUGCUGCUCCUGCUGCUCCUGCUGCUCCUGCUGCUCCUGCUGCUCCUGCUGCUCCUCCUGAUUCCAAACAUUCCAACAAAAAACUUUGA